AUGAAGCCACCAUCCAGUCCUCCUAUAUCUUUGGGUGCACAGCCAAGAAGUGGGAGAUCAUGCAUUUGUAGGUUUCUCCCUUCAGCUUCUUUGAUGGUUGUAGUCCUGCUGGGGAGUGCAUUCAUAUUAUUAAAAUCCAAUGAGAAAUCAUCAUUUUCGACGGUCAAAAACAGUUUACGGAGAAUAAAUGUGAAAUGCAAGAAUCACAGAAGGCCUCAUGGAAGUGAACCAUUGCCACUAGGUAUCGUCUCUGCGACUUCUGAUCUGGAAAUGCUGCCAUUAUGGAGAACGCACAAGAAAAGUGAAAAUUCCUCGGUCAGCUUAUUAGCGAUGGCCGUCGGGAUCAAGCAGAAAGAUCUAGUCGGUAAAAUGGUUAAAAAGUUUAUAUCAAGUGGUUUCGUUGUGAUGCUUUUUCAUUAUGAUGGUAAUGUUGAUGAGUGGAAGCAGUUUCAAUGGAAUGAACUUGUUAUUCAUGUUUCUGCAGUCAAUCAAACAAAAUGGUGGUUCGCAAAGCGUUUCUUACAUCCUGAUAUAGUUGCUGAAUACAGUUACAUUUUUCUAUGGGAUGAGGACCUUGGAGUUGACAAUUUCAAUCCUCAACGAUAUGUGUCCAUUAUUCGAAAGGAAGGGCUUGAAAUAUCACAACCAGCUCUUGAUUCUACCAAGUCAGAGGUGCAUCAUCUAAUUACUGCUCGCGUUAAAGGAUCAAUAGUGCACAGAAGGACUUACAAGCCUAAUGCCAAUGGGACUGGUUGUGAUGAAAACAGUACAGUUCCUCCUUGUACCGGGUGGAUAGAAGUAAUGGCUCCAGUUUUCUCUCGAGCUGCCUGGCGUUGCGUAUGGUAUAUGAUCCAGAAUAAGUUUAUCCAUGCAUGGGGACUAGAUAUGCAGCUUGGCUAUUGUGCCCAGGGUGAUCGAACGAAGAAGAUUGGUGUUGUCGAUGCCGAGUACCUAAUCCAUUACGGCUGCCCUACUUUGGGCGGUCCGGACAAAAAUGAGAGAUCACCUCAAUCUAGUGCAAAGGACCAUAGAGUUGAUGUGAGGAGGGAAUCCUACAACGAAAUGAAGAUGUUCAGACGAAAAUGGGAAACAGCUGCUAAGAAUGAUGAUUGUUGGAUUGAUCCAUACCCUGUUAAUAGUAGCCGGCACUAA